AUGGCAUACCAACAAACGGGCGGCAUGCUCAACAACGCCGCGAAUGCCGCCCAAGCGAACGACCAUCACGGGCCCCAGGGUGCCGAAUACACGUUGCAGGGCGUUAUGCGCUUCCUCCAGAUCGAAUGGCACAACCACGAGCGAGCCCGGAACGCAUGGGACAUUGAGCGCGCCGAGAUGAAGGCCAAGAUCGCAAAGCACGAGGGCGAGUGCCGCCAUGCGAAGAGGAUCAACGAGCAGCUCGAACGACAAGUGCGCAUGCUCGAAAGCGCCCUCAAACAGGAACGAAGGAAGAAGGGCAGCGACCCCAAUGCGCCCUUGCAACCAGACAGUGCCGUCUCGCACUCUUCCAGGCCAUCCCACGACGUCCACAAUUCCUUCCUCGACACGACCCCCGACAAGCAGCAAUACCGAGACAAAUCAAAGAAAUUCCUGGACCGAUGCCUCCACGAAAACCCUUCGGCUUCGUACACUGGCCUACCCGAUCCUCCAGUGUCUCUCGAUGAGCUCUACCUGCGUCGCGCUGGCAGGGCGUACCCUCCUUCUGCUCAUCCUCCACAAUCUCAGUCUGUACCGCUGGAAGAGCCUGUAGAGCAGGUCACACAUUCGUAUGAUUCUUACGGCCGCCCUGUAGCCUCGACUCCGGACGCCGCUCCACGCUCUAUGGUUACUCAGGACUCUUCGGCUGAUGGCUGGAACUUCGAUGACCAGCAACCUCUGCCAGAUCAACCUCCUGCCGAACUACCCCAACCACCCCGCCGUCGCAGAUCGUCGGGCUCGCAAGGCAUGGCCAGAAGAAGAAGCUCCGGUUCCCACGAUCUUCAUGACAGUGGCUCAGAGCUUUCUGCAAAGACUGAUCCUUCUCAAUUCAAGGUCAAGUUUGCUCUCCGUGGCCAUCUUGAUGUUGUCCGCUCGGUCAUCUUUACGGGUGGUGGUAGCCCUUCUGAGCCUGAAAUCUGCACAGCUGGCGAUGACGGUACCAUCAAACGCUGGAUCAUACCUGCCAGCUACAGCAACUUCCAGAACAACGCAAACAACGAUCUGGACAUUGCUUGCUACUUUACCCACCGUGGUCAUGAUGGUGUCGUUACAUCUCUCGCGGCGUGCCCUUCGACCAGCUUCUCCACCGGCGGUCGUGUAUCAGGAGACGGAUGGAUCUUCUCCGGUGGCCAAGACGCCACGGUACGUGUUUGGGAACGUGGACGAGUUGACCCGAAGGCUACUCUAGAAGGCCACACGGAUGCUGUCUGGACCGUCUGUCUCCUACCUGGAACUGUCGCAUCCGUGUUUGGUUCUCAAGGUUCAAACUACGGCGGACCUGACCGCAUCUUGCUCGCUACAGGUUCUGCAGAUGGCACUGUCAAGAUUUGGUCUGUCAGUGCUCCACCGCAGCUGGUUUCUCCGCAAGCAGGUUCGCGACGUGGUGGUAGCCGUCGUCAUUCUGUCACGUCUGGCAGCAACCAUCCCAGUUCGCCUCAGCCCAAUGUGGCUACAAGUACACCAUUCCAUUAUACGCUUGUUCACAGCAUCCAGCGCGAUUCCGCUUCAAGUGCUGCGCCUACUUGCAUUUCUCCUCUCAGCCCAUCUGGCGAGAAUUUCGUCGUCUCAUAUACCGACUCGAGUGUUCUUAUCUUCGAUACCCGCACUGGUGAGGAGAUCAUUGGAAUGGCCAGUAACGAGACAUGUGAUGGAACCAUGGCUACAAGCAUCAACACCGUGGUUGCCACUAGCAGUGCAUCACUUGGCCUGGAAACAGGAUCCACCUACAUGGACAGAGCGGAUCAAGAGGAAUCCGUGGGUGCUGGACCGACAGGCUCAGCGCAGGGUGUCGAGGGCGUGAUUGUCAGUGGCCAUGAGGAUCGAUAUAUCAGGUUCUUCGAUGCGAACAGUGGUCAAUGCACAUACACAAUGCUCGCACACCCCUCGGCCAUCUCAUCGCUGUCGUUAUCCAAGGACGGUAGAGAGGCGGUCUCGGCUGGCCACGACGCAUCGAUCCGGUUUUGGUCGCUUGAGAAGAGACAGUGCACGCAAGACAUCACGUCGCACCGACCCAUGAGAGGCGAAGGUGUUUGCAGUGUGGUGUGGAGCCAGGACGGCAGAUAUGUCGUCAGUGCAGGGGGCGACGGUGUGGUGAAGGUGUUUGCGCGAUAG